UAAUAAUAAUAAUCCCAUUUGAGUGUCAUCUCGGGUAGCAGUGGCAAUGGCUGGUGCUUGCGGUUCAUUUAACAUCUGGAUUUGUAUAAUCGCAUGCAGGUUCACAUUACCCUUAGCUAAAUCCUUGGACACCAUCAUUUGGAGCUCGCAAAAUCCCAAGUUCCAGAGUGGCAAAGGCCUGGUGAUCUAUCCUGAUAUUGGAGACAAGGUGGAUAUUAUCUGUCCUAAGGCAGAAUCAGGUCAGCUGUAUGAGUAUUACAAGCUCUAUCUUGUGAAGAAAGAACAAGCAGGAUCCUGCAGGACUGUGCUAGACCCGUAUGUGUUGGUCACCUGUAAUAAACCUCAAAUGGACAUCAAGUUCACCAUCAAGUUCCAGGAAUUCAGCCCCAACUACAUGGGUCUGGAGUUCAUUAGGAACAAAGAUUACUUCAUCACAUCCACGUCCAAUGGGUCUCUGGAUGGUCUGGAGAACCGAGAAGGAGGUGUGUGCAAAACGAGGUCCAUGAAAGUCAUCAUGAAGGUCGGCCAAAACCCCAACAUGGCAGUGCUAGACACAGAGCAGGCGGAAUCCUCUGUGCCUGAACCUGAUGCCAGUUUAAACCCUGCCAAAUCAGACCAGGAAGGACCCCUGGAAGCUGGAAACACUGAUACCAUCAACCAGGAGAACAAGAACGACAGCACAGAAGGCAUCUUGGGCUCCACGUUUGCUGUGUUCUUAGCUAUUGGUGCUGGUUGUGUCCUCAUCCUCACUCUCGUUGUCCUCCUCACUGUUCUGCUCAUCAAAGUGUGCAAGCAAAAAAAACAAAAGCCCACACAGCCACGGCCGACUGCUCUCUCGCUCCGCACACUGGCCAGUCCUAAGAUCGUAGGGAGCAGUGGCUCUGAACCCAGUGACAUCAUCGUUCCUUUACGGACAGAGAACAACUACUGCCCGUAUUACGAAAAAGUUAGCGGGGAUUACGGGCAUCCUGUCUAUAUAGUGCAGGAGAUGCCACCCCAGAGCCCAGCUAACAUUUACUACAAGGUGUGAUCCUGGGAAAACUAAGCUCACAGCUGUUUGUUUUUUGUUUUGUUUGUUUGUUUGUUUUUACCUUAACAGCGGACAUUGGAAGAUUUUUGUAAAAUAAGGAGGUGAAGGGAAGCGAACAUACGAGGAACAGUUGAACAUUCAGUACAGCCUGUAUGAAAAGGAUAUGAUAAAAUGUUUCUUAUUGUAGUUUGAAGUUGAACAUUUUACC